UAUCAGGAGAAAGAAGUGAAGAAAACUGAAACAAAAGAAAAAUCUCAAAAAAAAGAGUCUGAAAAAGAAGAAAAGAGCAGAAAAGAACAAAAGGGCCAAAAAAGCUUUAAGGACAUCAAAAGUGCAUUUGCCUUGUUUAAUAUAGCUUCAGAAGAAAAAAGUGAAUAUUCUGAGAAUAACUGCAAAAGAGAAGAAUCUUCACUAGAAUAUAAAUUCAUAGAAGAAUUAAAAUCAAAAGACAGCAAGGUGUACAAGGAAAGGAGGAACAUAAGAGAUGAAACAGACACAUGGACUUACAUUGCCGCAGAAGGUGAUCGAGAAGUAGUGGAUGUGUGUCAAAUGGAGAACUCUGAUGGCAAGCAACAAGUCUUGAGUUUGGGUAUGGACAUGCAGUUAGAAUGGCUGACACUAGAAGACUUUCAGAAGCACCUUGAUGGAGAAGAUGAGAAUCAUGUGUCAAGAGAACCAAUAUCAAGUACUCUCCUAAGGGAUGCUGUUAAAAGUGGGGAUUAUAUGACAGUAAAGGUGGCACUUUCUUCAAAUGAGGAAUAUAAUCUGGAUCAAGAGGACUCAAGUGGAAUGACACUACUAAUGCUUGCUGCUGCUGGUGGGCAUGAUGACCUUCUCCGGGUUCUAAUCAGGAAAGGAGCUAAAGUUAACAGUAGACAGAAAAAUGGAACAACUGCAUUGAUACAUGCAGCUGAAAAGAAUUUUCUAACAACAGUAGCUAUUCUUCUGGAAGCAGGGGCAUAUGUGAACAUGCAGCAGAGCAGUGGUGAAACUGCUUUAAUGAAGGCUUGUAAAAGAGGGAAUUCGGAUAUAGUGCGGCUUAUGAUUGAAAGUGGAGCAGACUGUAACAUUUUGUCAAAGCAUCAGAACAGUGCGCUGCAUUUUGCUAAACAAUGUAAUAAUGUACUGGUGUAUGAGCAGCUCAAGAGUCAUUUGGAAACGCUCUCAAGAGUAGCGGAAGAUACCAUCAGAGAUUAUUUUGAAGCUCGUCUUGCUUUGCUGGAGCCAGUCUUUCCAAUUGCGUGUCACCGUCUCUGUGAAGGUCCAGACUUUUCUACAGAAUUUAACUAUAAACCCCCACAAAAUGUGCCAGAAGGAUCUGGAAUUCUUCUCUUUGUUUUCCAUGCAAAUUUCUUUGGUAAAGAAGUCGUUGCUCGGCUCUGUGGACCAUGCAGUGUACAAGCUGUGGUUUUAAAUGACAAAUUCCAGCUCCCUGUAUUUUUGGAUAGUCACUUUAUUUAUUCCUUCAGCCCUACUCCAGGCCUUAACAAGCUUUUCAUACGGUUGGCAGAAGCUCCUACUGCCAAGGUAAAGCUGCUAAUAGGUGCAUACCGAGUGCAGUUGCAGUGACCUCACGGCUGCGAGUGUGCAGAGUGGACUGAUGCUUUUUUUUUUUAUAUACUCCUGAUUCCUCUGUUUAGAGGCUGACAAAGCAGUUUGGAACUUUUUGGCACCACACUCUUUAAGUUUCCAUCUCACUGUCACACAUUGGCAGUCACAUAGGAAAGUGUGUAUUAGAGAGCUGGUGGGACAGGGUUGUCAGCUUUUUUGUACUUUGUACAGAUGUAGAUGUAAGUAUUUGUGCCAAUACAUAUAAUUCUGUUUUUCUUUAACGCAUGGAGUCCAGACUGCAUAUUUCAGCUUUUCCACAAUGUGGAACGGUGCAUAUAAGAACUAUUUAAGGUAAUGAUGUGAAAUGUCUUUUUUAAUAGAAAGAUCUUUUCCAUUUGUAAACUAAAAAUUUCUACUUACUCUAACUGUAAUGUUUAUAAGUAAAAUGCAGAACUGUCAUAUUCUUGGAGCUGUG